AUGAUCAACAACAAUGUUAACCUUGAUAAUUCUAACAAUAAUCAUUUAAAUGCUCCAGUUGUUAUGAUUAACAACAAUAACCUUAUAACUUACGAGGAAAUGAUUAAAAAUAGAUUCUUGAAUUUUUUAUUUAAUGGAGAUUCUAAUAUUAAUCAAUCUUCUUCGGUGGGAGUGGCUAAUGUGAAUGCGCAACGACUAGAUGCUUCAUUUUUACAGAAUGGAAGAGAUUUAACCGCAAAUUGA